GCCAAAUAAUAACAAUACACCCAACCCUUAAAACUUAUCGAUUUAAGUAGUACCAAUUUUGGGCGUUGUGGGGUGUGAAUACACUUCCUCGCACGUAAUCGUACUCCCAAACCCAGAUUCUCUAAAAAAUUCGCAGACCAGAACCUGGUUUCGACCCUAAGGUCGAGACCGGAACAAAAAGGUGUUCGAUCCACCACCAAUAAGAUCGAUGGUGACUCCGAUCUAUUCGCGACGGAUUCCCCCGAUUGCGAGGGGCGGUUGCGACAGUGGUGACUCCGCUGGGGACAUACUAGAGUCAAACUACAUUAAUCGUCGAUAAGUUUUUCCUACUUUCUUAUAAUGGGUGUUAUAUGUUUAUUACAUCAAUUUGCGCUUUAAAUUUUUUAUGUAUUUCAAUUUUUUGCAUCCAUGCAUAAAGCUCUAUUCCCGAGCGGUCCUUAAAGGGAAGAAAGUAGUGUGACUCCUACAAUAGUAGGGGAAAUGCGAAAACUUCCCAACCAAGUUGAACUCAAAUCUGAGGAUGAUUUGGGGUAUCAUGCUAAAACUCGAAAGGGUUAUAGUGCGGUACAACUUGGGAGCCUGAUUCCUUAAGAUCCCUAUCCAGCAUAUAGUUUGCCUAGAAACUACCUAAACCGCAACUUAUCCCAGAGCCUACCCAAAAACACAAUGUUAUGCUGCCGAAAUACCUUAGGUUUACCUCAAUAAGGCAAAGUUUGUGAAAGAAUUUAUCCUAUGAUCAGUUCUUGUCUUGCUUAUACGUGGAAUGUGUGUUUUGCAAAACAUUCGUGAAUGACAGUAAUUUAUUUGUAUGUGUGAAAAAAUUUAAACUCAUUACACCAUCAUUUCUUCAUUCAUUCAUAUUAAUCAUGUUACAAAGUACAUAUGCAUCCACUGAAAAAUACGUUGCAUUUACAAUCUUAUUAGUGAGCAUAACCAUCAUGCAUUCAUCUCAUUUAGAACCAUGAAACGACUUAACAAAAUUGGGAUUCUCUAAGGUUGCUCAUCCACGAGGAUAACGUCAAACCCUUAAGUACUCGACCAAAUCCAAGGCCGAGCUCACUAUGGAGUUAAUCCAGAAGGAAUUGGACGACAUCAAAAGAAGGGUGAUGGGACUCGAAGGCAUGAAGGAAGAAGUUAGCAUGAUCUUGAGCAUAUUGACCAACAAGGAGAAGGCAGUAGAAGUCAAAGAUGGUGAUGUGUUACGCAAGGACGAAAACUUAUGCCAACACACGGUGAAGGAACAUCCAGUAACAAGUUUGACUCCAUAUCUUCGAAGAACAUGUAUGAUUAAGAAGAUCUUAAAGAAUCAAAACAAGAUAACUUACACGAUUUAAAUGAUUUGGAAGAGCAAGAGAUCAACACAACAUUGAAAGGCAAAAGCGAGUGCAUGGGUGAGAAUAUAAAAGAAUUUGAAUCAUACGAGGCUAUUAAUGCAUCGCAUCCACAUGAAGUUCCAUACAUGGUGUUCCCCCAUGAAUUUCAAAUGCCAAAUUUCGAACAAUAUAAUGGCACUACUUGUCCUAGAAGUCAUUUGGUCAUGUAUCAUCAUGCAAUGGCCAACCAUACUCAAAACGAGAAGUUGAUGAUGAGAUGUUUCCAAUAUAGUCUAAGGGGUAUGCCUUGUAAUGGUACCUCCAGCUCGAGAAAACUAAGGCGGGAACAUGGGGAGAUCUAGUUACUGAGUUUAUGAUGCACCACAAGGCCCCUCAAACUCUGUCACCAAAUAGGGAAGACUUGCAAGAUAUGGAGAAGGAUGAGAAUGAAUCUUUCCAUGAGUAUGCUCAGAGGUGGAAAAAGAAAGCAAUUUGUAUUCAACCCCCACUACCAGAAGAAGAAAUGGUAUCAAUAUUCCUUGAUACAUUGAAGCCUCCAUUUUAUAACAACAUGUUGGGAGUUACAACAACUAGCUUCAAUGAUUUGUCGUUAAUUGGAGAAUGAAUAGAGAACGGAAUUAAACAAGGAAGGAUGGGAACUUCGGAUUCUCCUACGAGAUCAAGCCAUGACAAAAUGGAAAUGAAAGUCCAUUCAACCCAACGAGAAGCAAAAGGGAGGAUGUUAAAGUUCCAACCUCAAAACAAUCAAGCUCACUCAUAUGUCACAAACAAUAUACCAGCAAUGCAACAACCAAACUUCGCCCCACAAAUAGGGAUCCAAAUUCCAUUAUUCGAGACCCCACUACCAAAUAAACAAAACCAAAACAGUGGUGGGAGAUGCAGAAAAACCAUUCAAAUAAAUCUCAUUCCCAUUGCAUAUGCCGAGCUUUUUCCACAACUAGUCCAAAAGCAUUUGAUUGCUCCUAUACCAUGCCAACAAAUACAACCUCCUUACCCAAUUUGGUAUAAGCUAGAGCAACAUUGUGAGUACCACUAUGGAGUAGCGGGACACUCCACCGAGGAUUGUAGGAGACUGAAGAUAAAGGUGCAACAGAUGGUGAAUUUUGGUUGGUUGAAAUUUGAAGGAGAUACAAAUCAUCUCGGCAUCAACAACAACCUGUUGCCUGAUCAUGCAAGUCAGUAGGCUUACCACGAAACAAGACUCGAUUCGAUGAUGUUGUUGAUCCUCGUAAGCAAAUAAAUGUCGAGACACUUUAGCAUAUUCAAUAAAUGUACCAGCCUUUGUGUUCUUCAUGAAGAAUAAAAUGUCAUUUGCAUUUCCACCGAUUUGAAAUAUUGUGUGACUACUAUCGAUCUUGUUUAGAAGUUUGCAUCAAUGAUCCUUCUCUUUACCAAAUGAUAAACAUCUCUUCCAAAUCUUUAAAAUCAACUUUUCUUCUCUUAAAUGGGAUCCUUAAAAUGCAUUUCAUAUUUUCAAGUUAAGCCAUGAGAUGUUCAUAUUAAGCAACCAUAAGCACCCCAUUGGUGUCGAGUGAUUACAUUCUUCAGUGUAAAUUUUUUUGCGCCCCGCUAAUAAUCAAACUGUGCACGCCCUACUGAUAUUGAGAGUUUGAACACCCCAUUGGUGCAGAGUGAUUAUAAACACCCUAUUGGUGUAAUGAAUUUGAGCGCUUCGCUAAUGUUGAGAGUCUGCUUAGUUUACUAAACUUGAGAGUAUAAACACCCCACUGGUGUCCAUAAAUAAUGCGAGCUAAAUAGUCAAAGGGUGUAACGAAGAUACGAUACCAGGCUACUUGUAGAAGCUUGUCACUACCAUAACCAAUCUCUACCAAAGUAGGACACAACUAGAUACAAGCUCGAGUAGUCGAACUAUUAUCCAUAACAAGCAAGAUGUCUACAUCGUAAUAGCCAUGUUCUCGUGAAACCCUCAUUGCUAGAAGGUUAGGGAACGCAUAAAACCCAUAUAAUCGGUUGAGGAAUAAGCACAAAAUUUUCCA